GUGACGGCGAGUCCCGGCGGUGUAACCGGAGAGGGGCCUCAGAGAGGGAAUGCAGGACUGCAAUGGAGCACAAUGCAAUACAGUGGUUGGGUGCCCCCUCCUGCCAGCGAGGCAGCUACGCCUUCUAUAAGUCGGUGAGCAGCAGAGCUCAACCCGAGGGGCCCGUCCAGAUAUGGAAACUCGGGGAGUUUUACUUUAUCCGCUGUGGACCCCAGGAUCCUGUGUGCAUCGCAGAGGUGACCUUACUGUGGGAGGACCAGACACGGCGCCACCUGCUGGCCAGCGCCAGACUCUACUUCCUGCCUGAGGACACGCCAAAGGGCCGGACCAGUGAGCAUGGAGAGGAUGAGGUUCUGGCUGUGUCCAGAAAGAUGGUGGUGCGGGUUGAGGACCUGGCACGAUGGGCAUGUGCAGAGCCGGCAGGUUGGAGUAGCAGCCUGAAGCUGCUGCCCAGCGGGACCAACGGCCUCCAUAAACCCCUACAGAGCAGCGACAGUAACAGCAUCAGUAACAGUGACAGCAACAGUGACAAGAGCAGCGAACCUGUCAAAGUCAAAACUGAAAACAACUUUUCGGACCAUCAGAGCAUCAAAGUGCUCAGCUACCCGCAGUACUGCCGCUUUCGCUCCCUGCAGAGACGCAUCCAGGAUGGAGCGAGGGGGCCGGGGCUGCAGGACCCCCACCUGCUGGCCCUGGGAGGCGUCAAAGUGCUCCCCAACACCCGACUGAUGUACUGCAGGGACACCUUCAACCACCCAACGCUGGAGACCAGCGCCAGCUUCGCUUGGCAGUUCAGAUGUCCGUCUCUCAGUCUUCGAGGGCGACCUCGUAAGAGGAGAGGCAGAGAUGGCAAAGACUCUCCGACCUCCAGCCAGUCAGAGUCCUGGAUCGAGAGGAUGAAGGAGAACGUGAUGGGCAGCGUGGAGGUCGGCUGUGAGGGCAGCUGGCUCCCUCACCCUGAAGAGCAGCUGUUUCUGGACCAGCUCUUCACCUACAUGGAGCGCCUCGGCUCGCCCAUCCAUAAAGUCCCCAACUUGGGCUUUAAGAAAAUUGACCUCUUCCUCAUGUACUCUGUGGUGAAGCGGCUCGGAGGCUACAAGAAGGUGACAGUGGACCGUCUCUGGAAAGUAGUUUAUAAUGAGCUGGGAGGAUGCCCCGGCAGCACCAGUGCUGCUACCUGCACCAGGAGACACUAUGAGAGGUUGAUGCUUCCCUAUGAAGAGCACCUCAGAGCAGGAGGAGCAGAGUUCAAAAUCCCUGAAUCCCCCAUGCCUCCAAAACCCAGAGGGAUAAGAGGAAGGAAACCACUUCAGAGAGGCAGAAAACCAGGACUCAAAGCCAAGGACAAGAAGAUGACAACCCCUGCUGGUUCCUCUCAUGCUAUCGUUAACCCGAAUGGCACCGUAGUGGUGAAGAGAGGGCGAGGCCGGCCGCCAGGCACACGCAACAAGGCCACGCUGAUCGCUCAGGCGAAGCUGCUGGCUCAGCAGCAGGCUAAAGCCAAAGCAGCAGCCGAGACUCAGCAGCAGAGUCCUCUGCUUCCAGUCAGAAGUGCAGGCGGACCGGCCCCCAGCAGCACACACAGGCCUGUCCAGCCGGCUAUACUUCCUGUCAACAUGCCCCUCACUCCGGAUCUCUCCCCCAUGUCCGCCCCCUUCCUCCCCUUCCAGCCCAAACCAAAGGAGCUGAAGCCGGACAGAGGGGAGUCCGUGGCUCCUGCCCCAAGUGUGCUCCUCUCCACUCUGCCUCGCCACUUUGUGGGAGGAUCUCUGGGCGGCUUCAGCCCCAUCAAAGGCGUCUGUCCUCUGGAUGUCUUCAGGAACCGCAUCAGCCUCCAGAGAGGCCCGGAGAGCCCGGCCCUGACGCCUCAGGACUCGACCCAGCACCACCAUGCAACCAUCUACACCCUGCAGCCAAAAAGUGGAAGCCAGGAAACGUCUCAUCCCAGCGGAGACCAGCCUCAGCCUCAGCCCCACCUGCUCCACCAGCAGCACAACCGCUGCUCGGGGUGUACCGUGGACGAGGCUGCCCAGAGAGGAGGCGGGCGGGACGCCAGGAACCGGCCUCCUUUGCCCCCUCUCCGGGUGCUGCCUUUGAACCUGGACUGCAGCGUUCAGGUGUGCCAGCUGAUGAGGACUCGCCUGGGUUCGUCUCAGUUCCAGACCUUCACCCGCCGACUGUCUGAGGCUCUGUCCCAGGACCUGAGCACCAAGCCCCCGUGCUCCCCCAUCACUCCUCCCCCCGAGCAGGCGCUGCCUCUCAACCUCAGCAAACGCUUCACGACUAAGAGACCCAGCACAGAGGGACCAGAGCCGAGUCUGGCAACCAUCAAUGGGAACACAGAUCAGCCGCCAUCCAAAAGACCCAGACCGGAGCAGGCCGAGGACUUCAGCCUGGGGGGGCGGUCCAGCACUGUAGGAAACGGAGGAGGAGGAGGAGCAGAGCAGGAUGUGGAGAUGAAGAACCAGGAGGAACCCGCAGACCUGAGCUCCCCCAGCAGGAUCAGGGCCUUCCUGCUCGGGCUGCCACCCUUCCAGGUGAAAUUCGAGGAGGAUCUGAACGGAACGAGGUUUGGGAAAUUUCUUCCUCCAGGGUCUCUGGCUGAACCCCAGAGGACUGAGACAGAGACCGGAGUGGCGAUAAAGAAAGAAGUAAAGAAGGAGGAGGAGGUGGUUGAAAUAGAGCGAUGUGAAACUGAGAGAAGCAACAAACUACAGAAGUCGGAGCAGGAGGAGAAAGAUCCUGCCCACCUCUCUGGUCCCGGUCCGGCUGAGCUGAAGAGAACCGGGCCCUCAAACACUGACACACACUGUUUUUAGCAUUAUUCCCUCUGUUGAUAAUAGCAUUUUGUCAUCAGAAAACUGUUGGAUGAAUCUGGGAUUUGGCGGUUUCGGAACAUGGAAAGCCGUGGGGCUUGGUGUUGGUUUUGGACGCCGGAUGAUUCGGUGGUUGAUCCAGCUCAGGUUAACGCCUGAACACGUGGAGCAGGGAUGUGUCUUUGCUUUAUGUCUGAAAACAAUUUAACUCAAACCUUCUGUUCGUUUUGCCAUUUUUGUCUCUUUGUUGUUAUUUCCUGUUUUGUAUUCCUGGAUUUCGAUCAUGUCGUUGAUUGAACUUUGCAUAGGAGUGAUGAUGCUGAGACUCAUGACAAUCACAAAUCGGUUUCUCCUCCUUUCUCUGUUAAUUUCUGUCUCUUAAAGGUUAAAAAGAAACAGAGGAAUGAGACUGUGACUCUUUAACAAACACUGCCAUAACCCUCCAUAACACUAUUAACUCCACUAUUCAAUGUUACGGUGAAAUAUUGAAUAAGAUCCAUAUUACUUAAAAAUAAAAAUCAAUUCUAUCUAUGGGUGAUGCUAUGCAUCAAGACUUCAUAAAUAAGCAUCUAGAGUGUACUGUAGUUUGGUAGUUUCAUUUUUAAAUUGUACUCUACUUCUGUAGAGAGAUAGUUAUUUUCUGAUAAAGUGUCUAGAUGUUAUCUGGAGCUCCUCGGUCUUCACAUUAUAGCUCGUUAAGUGAAGCCUUUCUAUAGUCCUGCUCGUUAGCUAAAAUUAUAUAAACUUCUUACACAUAUGUGCCUUAAAAUAGCCUGCGAUCUGUUUCAUCGCUGGCUUCAAAAACAUUCAGUUAAAGAGAUACCUUGAUGUUGGACCUGUUUAGUUUCUCUUCACUCCUCAGUAGGGCUGGGCUUGGAUACAAAACCCAAGUUUCUGCUUCCGAAAUAUAAACAAAGCUUCAAACAAAAGCAGCCAAAGUUGUAAAAUUCUAAAUAUUAUCAGCUUUCUGAAGUAAACAGCCUAAAACUGGUUAAAAAAAAAAGAAAAGAAAAUAGGUUUAAAAUCAAGUGUACAAAUCUGACCGCACAUUAGUUGCCAGCUGUCUCUCUGAUGUUCGUUACCGAGCCCUGCUGUUUGCAUGUAAAGACCACUGUGGCCACAGGAUAUCAACAGGAGAAAGAAUUAUGUUUAGAGAUCAAACAUAAACAUGUUGUCCAAACAUUCAGACUACCUCAGGUUUUUGUUGUUUUUUUUUCGCUCCAGGGGAGUGGAGCGUACCAUCAUGCAUUCUGGAAGAUGGCAGGGUUGGAUGCUGGUCCAUAAACACAGACAGACUUAGAUUUCCUCUUGAUUUAAAGGAUAACUCUGGUGUUUUUUUCCUGAUAUUAUCAAUAUUAUUUACUACUAUGUUUAAUUCUACAUUUGCACUUGGCCCUGGUGUUGAUAAGCGCUCUCCUUAUCUUCAUUCAGGCAUGAUUGUGAUUGGAUCUAAACUUAGUUGCAGAGUAGGAAGGCAGGUGGUGGAUUUAUGCACAGCAUUAGCAAGAAAACAUGGCGAUAGGUGACUUUUCAACUUGAUAGGGAUUUUUUUUUCUUAUGGCAAUAGUUUGACAUUUUGGGAAAUGCACAGUUCGCUUCUAGUAUCAACUUCCGUGAUUUCCAGCCAAAAUAAUAGUCUGACACAUUACCCCCUGCAGAACUUUGCUUUUAAAUGUCAGUUUCUGUACAGAUUAAACAAAUAAGGUUGUUUCAUUUUCAUCUGCAAAGUUUAGAGGUGUAUUCUUACCAGUUAACUACCAGCUUACCACAACAAUGUUGUGUUGUGACGUUAUGAGACUGUGUGUGUGUGUAUUUUAUAAUGGCAAAGUGUGAUCCUGUUUUAGUGGGAACUACCACAGAAGUGGUUUGGAGUACUUUGCCAGAUGUUUAUAUAUCCGCCUGUCUGUCUGUGAACAGAUUUUGUCGUGAGAUAGUCACAAUACAAAAUGCAGUCAUGAAACUUUAACAGAUGUGUAGCUGGGAUAAAAAUGUAGGCUGAGUUCUACGAUGUGUGGAUCAGUGGAGUAGGGAGAAGAAGCGAUUCUUUGGAGAACAAUACGAUAUUUGCUGAUUCUGCCAUGAUACAACUUUUAGGGAAUUCAGGGGACUGUGAUCGAUAUGAGACAAUAUCACAUGCCCAUUGAACACAAUUGGUUGCAAAGCAGCUUAUCAACUGCAAAUGCUCUGCCUGUUGACCCUCAUUUUCUCCACAAUCCAAAAUAUUUCCACGUGGCUGAUUCAUUCUGGAGUAAAUGACAUUAUCCUCAUUAUCAUCUAUUUCUCGGCAACCUGCUGUUGUCAUUGAAUUUCAAAAUAAUUAUCUUAUAUUAGAUAAUAGGGAUCAAUAUUUUUGCUUCACAUCAGUGUAUUUGGAUAGUUCAGCAUUGAAUUGAUGCAUUGAUCAAGAUUGAUGGAUCGUCACGCACCUAGUAGAAAGAAGGAAAGGUGUCAUUGGUCCAUUUUACCUUUCUUUUAUUUGCAGAUCGCUGCUGGAGUGAUACCAUUGCAGCAUCUUUGAGCGAAGCUCACCUAAUUUCACAUUUACUGUACCAACAGGAGAGUGGUAUCAACUUGCUUCCCAAAAUGUCAAACUAUUGCCUUAAGAAUAGCUGGAAUCUGAUCAUAUUCUGACUGUUAAAAUGAAUUUUUCCUGAAGACAUCCAGCUGCAGAUCGUUUGUUAAUGCCAGCUGAAAGUAAAAACUCAAACUUGCAGCAUUUAUUGUUUCACCAAAGAACGUGUUGCCGUUUCCCCACAUUAAACCAAUCCGCUGCUCCACACGGCUUUAUCCUCUUCUUCAUCUAAAGUGCCAAAACAAAACACCAACUCCAUAUUGGGACAAAACCUUUUGUAGCAAAAAAAAAAGAGUAAAAUGUCAAGGUAUCCCUUUAAUCGCAGCCUUUUCUUCUUCGACUCGUCCCUUUUUGUUUCAGAUUUGCACACCUACUGUACCCAUGUGCUUCAUUUAUUUUCCAUAUUUAUAUUUGCCAUGUUUAUUUUUCCUUCUGCCAACAUUUUGUUAUUUUUAGUAGUGGAAUCAGCUACGACACCGAAAUAAGUGGUGCUCUUUAUUCUUAGUUAUGUAGCCAUAUUGUUGUAUUUUUUUAUUGAUAAAGCUGCAAAUUCUUUUCAUCUCAGCAAGUCAUUAAAUCUUGACUUCAGCCUCAAACAGCUUUGAGAUCAAUUUUCUCACAGCAGAUUUAUUUGUUAGGAGAGUUUUAAGACAAUAUCUUAAAAGAACUGAAUUAAAAGAGAACGUGACUUGUUAUGAAAAUAUUUGCAGUUUUUUUCGGAUUUAUUUUGACUGUUUGGCUUUGUGUGAGACAGAUAUGAAUUGUUGAAUGAAUGCAUGAGUAGAGAAAUGUAUACUCAGUAGUUCUUAGCUGGGCAGAUGCACCAAAGCACAUGUAACUCCACCAGAAAUCCCCAGACCUGCGUAACCUUUCUAUAGCAUUUAUCAUCAUGUUAAAGUCAGAGUUAUUAUUAGUGUUCUGGGAUAUUAUAAGUCAUUAUUUUACUGCGCUGGCAGUUCAUCCUGUUUGCUUUAAGAAAUGUCACUUUUCACAGUAAUGUCUGUUUUUUCCCUUCACUUGAGGUGAAAAAUGAGCAGUAACAAGAGGAAGAUGGUGAAAUGCAUCUUCCUUCUUUGUGAUUAUUUCUUGAAAACAAUCAAUGCAGUAAGAUUUGGAAUUUCUCACAGCAAGUCUGAUAAUCUUACUACAGGAUUAAUGUAUAGUUUGUGUGUCGCUCUGCUUCAUUCACUCUGUAAACCUUUAUUUAUUAAGGCAUGGUGUUUCUGAGCGUGCUCGAGCGUUCACACUCGAGCAGUAAAUGUCUCGGUGUGCUUCGUGGAACGAGUUCGUACAGCGGCAGCUAAAGCUAAAAGUGUUUGUUGCUAUUUUGAGCGGCCACGCUCAAUAAUGGGGUAAAAAAUCGAUUAGUAGGCUAAUGUGUCACCAGCAACGAUGAGUAACGGCAUGUUUGUUUCGUUCUCAUAACUUUACACAUUUUCUGAGUCUUGUAGUCUUGACGGUAAAAUGGCACGCACUUUUAGACAGUCUGUGCUCAAAGACACUAGUGGCGUUGCACUCAGUCUUACAUAAGAUGAGUGAUAGAUGUAGGGAGUUUGAGUUUAAGCUGCACCCAUUUUCACAUCUCCAUAAGCCUUACCAAUCACUGCACAAAUGGUGUUUGGCUUUUGGAUUGUCAGUUUUUGAACAUGGGAAUAAAUAUCGGAUACAGUCCCUGGACUAGGGAUGUUAGUAAUGAACCUUUAAUAUUUUGAAUUUUGACUCUGCCUCCUCUCUAUGGCGGCAGUCUUCUCACCCCUUCGAGUUAGGCGUAAACACUUUUGCCUUCGGAUGACAGACUGUACGAACUUGUUCAUUUCAAGUUCAAUACUCUCACACACUGGGAGCCUCCCAGUCAAACCACAGCUUCACUGGACCAGUUUUUUCUCAGUUCUCAGUUUGACAUUUGUUGCCUUAGUUAGUUUUAUUUUAUGUCCUGCAUGUUAAUUUUUAUGUUAAUGACAACAUGCCACCUCCGCCUGGUGUGUCAUUCAAAGUGGAGACCUUGUAGUUAUCAGUUAAAGGAGAGUCUAAUAGUUUUUCUUCUUCUUUGGUUAUUUAAGCUUUAGUUUGUAAAGGUUUCUUUAGGUAUAAUUUCUUUUUUUUCCUUUGAUAAAGUUAAAGAUUUAAAUGUUUACAUUUGUUAUGCAUGUUCAAACAGAUCUGUUAUAUCCAGUGUUUUGCACACUACUUCAUCAGUCUUGAACGGCACUGCUCAUUAAUGUAAAGUACUUAAAAAUUAAGUGCCUGAUACUUAAAGGUGAAAAUCGGACUUGAUACUUGUAAGCAAAUGAACGUAAAAUUUGCUCAUUAGCCUUCAUGCCAUUGACUUGAACAACGGCGCCUGUUGUCGUUUGAUGUUUUCUCAAUCCUGUGUUUUAAAGCACCAGAGGAGAUUAUCUCAUUAAAGGCGACAGCAGGACGCUCGCUCGGCUCCGUGGCGUCUGUCAGAGCAAACUGGACCUACAGGACUCGACACCUAGUGGCCAUCAGAGCGCUCGGUGAUGUGAUUCAUCCGGUGAGCAACAUUCAUGAAGAUAAAUGAUCAAAUUAAAGGUGCCACAUGUGACUUUCUAACAUCUGUUAGUUGUUUGAAAACAGGAGAAGGGCGCUGUCCCAUUUCUGAAGAAAAAAACAUACAGAAGAAGAAUACCUUUGUGGUGUGUCCUCUUAAAUCAGUAGUAUCAGGAAGACUCACUACUACUUGCAGAAAAAACAAAAUAAAAUUAGAUCUUUUGUUAUUGAUUGAUUUUUUUUUUUGACUGUAGAACAUUAUAAAAUAGCAGAAACCAAUAAAAGUCCUAAAUUGCAUCGUUAAAUGUCAUUUUGUUCGGCCAUCAGUCCAAAACCCAAAUGUAUUUAGUUUACUAACAUACAGGUGAAGAAAUCCAGCAUGUUUCCUCAUUUAAGAAGCUGAAAUCAGCAAUUUUUAAAAUAUUUUUUGUUGGUAUUUAAUUGACUAAUUGAUUAAUUAACUAACUGUCCCAGCUCUGGAAACGUCACAUAUUUGAAAAGAAUCUGUUGGCCAAUCGAGUUUAAUGUCUCUAGUUGCUGGUCGUAAACUUGACUUUGAAGUGACGGUUGGAGCGAGAAAAAGAGGCAGCAGAAGGGCUUUUGGGAAAUGAUAUCUGAAUUUUGAGAAAGAACAGCAGUAAACGUGAACCGGACUUCCCACCAUGUAAAAGUGAUUUGUCGAUGUUAAAAUGCUGCAUGUGGCACCUUUUAAAAACUGUUGGAUGUUCAGCACCAAUGAAUGUUUCAGUCACAUCCUCCUGUGAUCUCACUUUAUCACUUGACACCAUUUCCUCUUCUUGUGUUUUUGUCGUUUUGUUUCCCUCCUCGAAACAAAAGAUCAACUUUAAAAGCAGAAGUCGGUCACAUGCUCUUUUCUUAACAAACUGUGUUCAACUUUUGAAGAGAACUGACGCUUACUGGUAUGAUCGCAGUCUAAUGGCCGCUGAGGCGUUUGACUUGACCUGUUGAUUGACUCUCUGUGUUCUUGCAUAUGUGUGAUUUGAUAAUUGCAGAUCUGCAGUACAAACUCCAGUUCCUUUUUUUUUUUUUUAGUUUCUAUAAGCGGUAACCGGUUGGCAGUGUCAGGUACCAUUCCAUUUUAACACUGUAUAUUUAUAAUAAAAGUAAUCUGUUAAUAAAA